ACCAAAAACGCAGGAACCGCGUACAGUGGGCGUAACGCGAGUCGUCCCGAAAACCCUCUGGCGAUUGCCCCAGAGGCCACCAUGACCUCGUCAUCACCCAUGUACGUCCCUCCUCCCGAUCCAUGAACUCGCGAUCUCCGAUCCCCGCCAAUCGCACCAGCCGGGCUCAUCAUCCUGACCAGCACCUUUGACUCUUACAACAACCCCCACGGCGCUAUCGGACAACCCUCACCCAGUAUCGCGAACGAAUCGUCCCUCCCGCAAGUCGACUAUACGUCUAUGGCAACACACCCACAAGGCGUGUGGCACACGCAUCAUCCCCAGUUGCCUCAUAAAACAGAGCGCGGUGACGUUAGCCAUCCCAGACCUGAGGACGAAGCAUGGGACAGGAUAACGCUCUCUGCGCAUGUUCACAGCCAGGGCUGGGGCGGCAGUCCUAACCCGGUCAUGGUGGAUAGACCAAAGACCGGGGCGAUACCUGGCUACCAGCAUUUCAUCGAUAAUGUUGCCUCGCCACUUUCCACACCAGCGUACAGGGCGCCUCAAGGCGCGUACUAUAUCCCAUCACCCAAACAAGCGCCCCCCACACCGACUCAACAGCCUGCGCGGACUGCGAGCGAUACCGUCACGGAUGUCGCUCGCCACCUCGACUCUCUUCGCGGCCUUCUUGGACCACUCAUAAGCGAAGCCGACCAAGUAGAGAAGCUGAAGAAGGAGGUGGAGAUUUGGAAGGGCGAGUGGAGUAAAGGGGAGAAAAAUAGGAGGGGGUUGGAAGAGAGGAUUGGCGUAUUGGAGGUGGGGAAGAGUGCUAAAAAGCCUGUUGGACCGAUGUUUACUGCAGUGUUGAUCGAUGGUGAUGGGCUCAUUUUCCGAGACUCGUACCUCCAAAGCGGAUUCGCAGGCGGCCAACUCGCCGCACGCCACCUCCUCACUUCCAUCCCCAACCUAUCCUCCCCAACAUCCUCCGACUCUGCCGAAGAGGUCACGCUCGAUAUCAACGGUCUACGUAUCGGGGACAGUGAUACCAAGGCGGGCGGACAAGAUGGUGUAGAGGAUGAUAUAGGUGUGAAAGAGUUGAAAAGUAUAGUCGUGCAGGUGUUUUUGAACAAGGCCGGGCUCGGCGGGGCUUUGUUGAAGGCCGGUAUCAUACCCAGCUGGACAGUAUAUGAACAGUUCUGGCAAGGUUUCUCGUCAUCGCACGAACUUUUCACCGUUUGUGACGUUGGGCCCGGUAAGGAGGGCUCUGACGCCAAGAUUCGAGAGUAUCUCAAGUUGUACUCUAGAAACGCGCAAUGCGAGUCUAUCAUCCUCGGUGCAUCGCACGAUAAUGGCUACGCCAAUGUCCUCUCUUCACUCAACACUGAAUCACGCCUCUCCAAUCUCCUCCUCCUCAAGGGCUACAACACCCUCGCCCAUCAGCUCCGGGCUUAUUCCAGCCGGGUCGUCUCGAUUCCUGAUCUGUUCAGGCAGGAAAAGGUGCCGUACGUGCAUGGCGUUGCGCCAAAGGAAAAGGAAAAGGAAAAGGAAAAGGCGGAGAAGGAACCGAUUCAGAUAGUCGGGAAGAAGGUUGUACCAGGACCCAUGUCCUUCUCCUCUAUCGUCGCUGCUUUCAGCGAGCCCUCACCCUCCUGCCAGCCCACAAAACCCACCAAAAAAGCUCCUGUAGCCACCCCCAUACCCGGCCCGCCCUCGCCUUCAUACUCGAGCGAGUCGGAGGAUGAGGAGCUAGAAGUGUAUCACUGGGGCUUUGGGAUGCAGUCACGAGGUGCGGAUGGUUCAGAGACGAGCCAUUCGCCAGAGAAGGCGGUUUCGGCAAAGGUGCAGCCACCUUGGAAGAAGAAGCAAGACGAUCUCAAGUCUUUGCUCUCCAAGCCUGCAACCCCUUCCACUUUACAAAGCAACAACAAAAAGUACACUGCCGGCCCUGACAGUGGGUCCUCAGCAGGUGGGUGGGAAAAGGUUGUCAAAAAGCAAGCGGGGGCAAAGUCGGGGAAAGUGGGAGUAAAGGGAGAAGAGGUGAAGAGUUCGAAGAAGACUAUUAAGAACAAGAGGGAGGCGCAGGAAUAUGUUAGGAGUCUUCACCCUCGGCCUUGCCAUACGCACUUUCUCGGCACCAAAGGCUGCACCAACGAUAACUGCCACUACGGCCACUCUUACUCUCUCAGCUCGCUUCACCUCGAAGAACUUGCGCGACUGGCAAAGUGCAUCAUGUGCCCGUAUGUGAAGAGUGGCAAGUGUAAGUAUGGUGAUGCGGCGUGCGUUUAUGGGCAUCGGUGCCCGAACCCGGAAACUUGUGUAUUCGGCGAUACUUGUCGUUUCUAUGAGCUUUCCAAUGGUCAUGGCGAACUGGAUUAGAAAGCAUCCAUAACCUCGCAUAACGGAGUACCCAUUUCGAAAAUAAGAGAGAAGGAGCAGAGCUGCCUCUCCAGAUAUAUAACAUUGCGACAUCUUGAUUCAUCAUCAUGGUAUUGUAAUUAGAUAACUACAUGUUCCCUGGCGCUUCCACACUUACAGGAAACCACGUUCAUAGCAUACGAUAUGCGGCAGGGAAUAUCCCAUGCAUAUGUGCAUAUAUCGAAUGGUAUGACUCGGUGGGGUACUUCAACAUCGUGCAAGAAUUUCACAGUGUCAUUAAUAAU